UGUGACGUAUCUCUCGAUCUAUUAAGAAUGGUAAAAUAGGAGGAGAAACAUAUCAUGCCACAUGAAAAAGAGGCAAUAGAGAAUAUAGCCCUAGAGGAAGGGAAGGAGGUGAAAAUUGGAACACUGAUCGCUAAUGACACAAGGCGUAGCUUGAUUGAGUUGCUUUAGGAAUUCAAGGAUAUCUUUGCAUGGUCUUAUCAGGAUAUGCCCGGAUUGAGUACUGACAUUGCAGUACAUCGUCUUUCGAUAAGACAAGAAUAUAGACCGGUCCAACAGAAGUUGCGAAGGAUGCGACCAGACAUUGUCCUGAAAAUAAAAGAUGAGGUCAAGAAGCAGUUUGAUGCAGGAUUUCUGCAGGAAGUGAAGUACUCUGAAUGGGUAGCUAAUAUUGUACCAGUCCCUAAGAAAGACAGGAAGGUACGAAUGUGCGUUGAUUACAAAGAUCUAAACAAAGCAAGCCCAAAGGAUAAUUUUCCUCUGCCACACAUCGACACUUUAGUAGACAACACAGCGGGAUAUUCGUUGUUCUCCUUCAUGGACGGCUUCUCAGGAUACAAUCAGAUAAAGAUGCAUCCAGAGGAUAUGGAUAAAACUAAUUUCAUAACAUUGUGGGGCACCUUUUGUUAUAAAGUAAUGCCAUUUGGGUUGAAGAACGCAGGGGCAACAUACCAACGAGCCAUGUUAAACUUGUUUCACAACAUGAUGCAUAAGGAUAUUGAGGUAUACGUUGAUGAUAUGAUCGCCAAGUCGCGAACAGAAAAAGAACACAUUGAGGUCUUGAGAGGAUUGUUCUUAAGAUUGAGAAAAUUUCAGUUGAAGCUCAAUCUAGCAAAGUGCACCUUUGGAGCCAGAUCGGGGAAGUUAUUAGGCUUCAUAGUCAGUGAAAAGGGAAUCAAAGUUGAUUCAGACAAGGUCAAAGCCAUACGGGAGUUGCCUCCACCACGUACUCAAAAAGAAGUUCGAGGAUUCCUAGGAAGGUUGAAUUACAUUGCUCGGUUCAUUUCACAAUUGACUGAGAAAUGUGAUCCUAUCUUUCGUCUCCUCAGAAAGCACAAUCAAGGUGCUUGGGAUGAAGAAUGCCAGAAUGCUUUUGAGAAAGUCAAGCAGUAUUUGUUGAAUGCUCCAGUGUUAUCUCCGCCUAGUCCAGAUAAACCGUUAAUACUAUACUUGUCAGUGUUCAGCAAUUCUAUGGGAUGUGUGCUUGGUCAGCAUGACGAGUCAGGGAAAAAGGAAAAGGCAAUUUAUUAUCUCAGUAGGAAAUUCACUGACUGUGAAAUGAGAUAUUCGCCAAUCGAAAAAUUGUGCUGUGCGUUGAUUUGGACCACACGGAGAUUAAGACAGUACAUGCUAUACCAUACAACUUGGCUCAUCUCAAAAUUAGAUCCAUUAAAAUACAUGAUGGAAUCAACGGCUCUAAAUGGAAGAAUGGCGAAAUGGAAAAUUUUGCUUUCAGAGUUCGAUAUAGUCUAUGUAAGUCAGAAGGCUAUCAAAGGAAGUGCGGUGGCAGACUUCUUGGCCAGUAGAGCUUUGGAGGAUUACGAGCCAUUGAAUUUUGAUUUUCCAAAUGAGGAGCUAAUGUGUAUAGCAGCAACUGAAGAUUCGCCAUGGAAGCUAAAUUUUGAUGGGGCUUCUAAUGCAGUCGGAAAUGGAAUUGGGGCAGUCUUGGUAUCCCCGAAUGGCGACCAUUACCCGUUCACGUGCAAGUUGGAUUUUGACUAUACAAAUAAUAUGGCUGAAUACGAAGCAUGCAUCAUGGGGCUCCAAGCGGCCAUAGAAAGAGGCAUAAAAACCCUAGAUGUAUAUGGAGAUUCUGCGUUAGUAAUCUAUCAGCUAAGAGGUGAAUGGGAGACAAGAGACUCUAAGUUGAUCAAUUAUCGAAUGGUAGUUUUGGGGUUACUAAGAGAGUUCGAUGACAUCACCUUCAACUAUCUCCCACGAGAUGAGAAUCAGAUGGCAGAUGCUUUAGCAACCUUGGCUUCAAUGAUUAAGGCAAAUAAAGAGGAAGAGAUGAGACCAAUUCAAAUGAGUGUCUAUGAAUUUCCAACUAGCUGUUGUAACCUUGAAGAGGAAGAAAAGGAUGACAAUCCUUGGUAUCAGGAUAUAUUGCGAUAUGUAAGAGAUCGUAAAUAUCCAGCACAGGCAUCUGAAAAUGACAAACGAACCCCGAGAAGAUUAGCUUGUGACUAUGUUUUGGACGGGGAUGUUCUGUACAAGAGAAGGAAAGACCAAGUACUUUUGAGAUGUGUUGAUGCUGUGGAAGCCAAGCUAAUUCUAGAAGAGGUCCAUGAAGGUGUAUGUGGUACGCAUGCAAAUGGGUUCACGAUGGUAAGACAAAUCAUGAGGUUUGGCUAUUACUGGGCCACUAUGGAAGGAGACUGUAUCAAUUAUGCCAAAAAAUGCCAUAAGUGUCAGAUUUAUAGGGACAAAAUUCAUAUACCACCCUCACCUUUACAUGUCAUGACGUCUCCAUGGCCAUUUUCCAUGUGGGGCAUAGAUGUCAUCAGACCAAUAUCGCCGAAAGCUUCGAAUGGACAUCAGUUUAUUUUCGUAGUUAUUGACUACUUUACAAAAUGAGUAGAGGCUGCUUCUUACGCAAAUGUUACCAAGUCAGCUGUAAGUCAAUUUUUGAAGAAGGAAAUCAUUUGUCGGUAUGGAAUGCCUGAGAGGAUCAUAUCCGACAAUGCGUUGAAUUUGAACAACAAAAUGAUAGCAGAGGUUUGCGACCAGUUCAAAAUCAAGCAUCACAACUCUUCACCCUAUCGUCCAAAGAUGAAUGGGGCAGUGGAGGCUGCCAAUAAGAACAUUAAGAAAAUAGUGGGAAAGAUGACUGAGACUUAUAAGGAUUGGCAUGAAAGGCUACCGUUUGCACUCUUGGCUUAUCGAACAUCUGUUAGAACUUCUACUGGGCCAACUCCGUUCUCAUUAGUUUACGGGAUGGAAGCAGUUUUACCUAUUGAAGUGGAAAUACCUUCUCUCCGAAUUUUAACAGAGAUAAAGUUAGAUAAAGCUGAAUGGGUUCAGUCUCGAUAUGACCAGCUAAACUUGAUUGAGGAAAAGAGGCUGAAGGCUAUCCGACAUGGUCAGAUGUACCAGAAGCGUAUGAUGCAAGCUUAUGAUAAAAAGGUUCGUCCAAGGGAAUUCCAUGAGGGGGACCUUGUGCUAAAGAAAAUCCUCCCAAUUCAGAAGGACUUUAGAGGAAAAUGGAUGCCAAAUUGGGAGGGGUCAUACAUCGUGAAGAGCUUUUCUGGUGGUGCAUUGAUUUUGACAAAAAUGGAUGGAAAGAGCCUACCCAAUCCGGUGAACUCAAACUCAGUCAAAAAGUACUUUGUCUAA